AUGCUUAAGAGAUUAAGAAGAGUCCAGAUUUUCGUUCUUGGAAAUCCUAUAAACUGCGAUUGUCUACAUGUUCAAUCACUCAGAAGGUUGAAGGAAAUUCAGCUCUUGUUUGGAGAUCUCAAUGAAACUAUGUGCAGUGAAAAGAAGUUAACAGUGUUAGAACUUCUACAAGAAAAAGCAUUUGCCAAAUUCGAGAAAAACUGCCAUUCUGAGACAUGGUUGGCGCUUUCUUUUUCUAUGUUAGUAAUUUUAACUGCUGCGAUUACUAUCGUUUUCCUUGUGAAAAAAUAUCGUGUUCACAUUGACUUUAUUAUUCUGAGCUUACGUAGUAGAUGGAAAGGUGUUGUAUAUUCCGCUGAGAGCGAAGACUGUCAGUUUGCUGCUUUUAUAUUCUACGCUGAAGAUGACUAUAGUAUUGUUAGCACUGUUUUAUAUCAAUCGCUAACAAAUGAAGGGUUUCAAAUAAGUUUUUCCGAUAAAGACUUCACUCCUGGAUUAACUAAAGCUGGUGAACUAUUAUGGUUUAUAGAUAACAGUAGGAAAGUCGUAUUUUUUGUCACUGAAAAUUUUUUGGCCAGUGGUUGGAAUUCGUAUGCUGUACAGAUGGCUGUGACUCAUUCGUUUCAUAAUGAUCGGCAAAAAUCCAUCAUAGUGAUAAUUAAAGACAAUAUUCCAAUAAAAAGAAUGCCAAAAGACUUUCGAUAUAUCUGGUGGUCCAUUGUGAGUAUAAGGUGGCCAGAAACUACCGAGUUGAUGCAGCAGUUCUGGUGUGAACUCUCUUGUAUCUUAAAAUUGGAUUAA